GUCUCGGAGACUGCUCACGGCGGCGUCUGGAGUGGCAUUCACGUUGAUUGAGUGGUCGCCAUGGUCAAUUUCACCUUCAGUAGGUGUGAUGGGUAGCGACGAGGGUGUAUCCGGUCACCCCAUCCCUGUCUGCCUGUGACCUGUCUGUCGUAUGUGACGACAUAUCAGGUGUUGGUCCGUCGCCCAACGCCCGUGCGGGGUGUCGUGGGUGCAAGCAGAAGAUCGCAAAGGGCGUGCUGCGGUUCAUGGCCAAGCAGGAGAUCGACGAGGACAAGAUGGCUGACAUAGAGAUGAUGGACCCCCGCCAGAAGUACGCCAUCAUCGGACCCAAGUACUACUGCCUCAAAGCCGACUGCAUGCGCGAGUGGCGCAAGAGCGAGAAGUGGUGGAAGUCCAACCUCAGCGACACCAGCCCCCUCCUCGGCGUGGAGGACCUCGACGCCGACCAGGUGGCCCAGGUCAAGAAGGUGCUGCGGGUGCUGUGUGGGGAGGAGGACGAGGGCGAUGAGGAUGACAGUGACGAGGAUGACAGUGAGGAGGAUGACGACUCGGAGGAAGACGACAGACCCAAGAAGAAGUGAGCAUCGUCCUUGUGUGGUGGUGGCAGACAGAGGGAGAGGGAGGGGGAGGGCGGUGUGAUGGUUGGUUGGUUGGGUGGUUGGGUGGUUGGGUGGUUGGGUGGUUGGGUGGUUGGGUGGUUGGGUGGUGGUGUAUGCGUGUGUCUGUGCGUGUGGUGUGGUUUGGUGUGGUUUGGUGUGUGUGCGUCAUACUUACUGCAGGAAGGCCGCCAAGAGCAAGGCCAAGAGCAAGGCCAAGGCCAAAGCCAAAGCCAAGCGCAAGGCGGACGACGACAGCGACGAGGACAGUGAUGGUCAGUCACACGCGCACACGGCUCUCCAUCCAUCCAUCCAUGUAUGUGCGUGUUGUGUGGGUGCGUGUGGGCACUGCAGACGAUGAGGACUACGGGGGCGGCAAGAAGCGCAAGGCGAAGGCCAAGGCGAAGCAGAAGAAGAAGAAGAAGGCCAAGCAGACGGCCGGCGUGUUCCACUUCAACUCCAGCGUCGUCUCCCAGGCCGACGGGGACAAGAUCAACCAACUCUACGAGGACCUCAUGGUCCUUACCAUAGGACAACUCAAGGUGAGUGAGUCGGUCUGGGUGGGCCUGUCGCCUCCCCACUCCCACUCCCCCACAAACACGCGACACAUACACUGUGUGUGUGUGUGUGUGUGUUGUGUAGCCCGAGCUCAAGAAGAACCAGCAGAAGAUCUCUGGCAACAAGAACGAGCUGGUCCAGCGCGUGGCGCAGGGCCGUGUGCUGGGCAGGACCCCCAAGUGCGCCGUGUGCGGCGCCGGCAACCUCGACUUCGACCCCAUGACAGGCAACUACAGAUGCAAGGGCUUCUACGUAACCAGCCACACACACACACACACACACACAGAGAGAGAGAGAGAGAGAGAGGAUUCUUCUCUGUGUUGUGUGUUGUGUGUCAGGAUGAGGACCACUACCAGCACUGCGGGUUCAAGGGUGUGGUGAAGCGGCUCAAGUGGGUGCUGCCUGGCGACGACUCGGACGACGACUCGGACGACGAUGGCGACAAGGACUCCGACUGACUGACUCUGUCACACCCACACGCCACACACGCCACACACGCCACACCCGCACCGCAUGCUCGUAUAUCUUUAGCAUACGCCUCACAUGACAUGUCACAUACGAAGGGAGAGAGGGAGCGGGGCAGCGGGGCGGGAGAUGGGGUCGAUACGUAUCUGCGGUGGAUGCGUGGUGGUUGUGUUGUUCGCCUCCCUCACGUUUUGCCUUCUGUCUCUGUGCAGAUCACUGCCUGCCUGCCUGCCUGCCUGUACAUCGCGACUGCAAAUCGCCUGUGUGGGGGCGGACCGACUCCCCCACGCCCAGUCGGUCACUGUAAAGUUUCUCACUCGCUGCCUCUCUCUCUCUCUCCUUUCCCCCCUCCCUUGCCCACCCACAUAGCCGCCCCCGCCCGCCCUUUGCUGACGAGCUGGUUUGACUGAUGUGGGUGGCGAGGGAAUGCAUCCUGACACAACACACACCAUGCAAGAGAGACCAGGGGCAAUUUAGCCGCAGUGUGCCCACACAUCCCAUCCACCAUCCAUCCAUCCGGUAUGAUACCACCUGUAUGGCUGCAUGCGUGGCGUGGUGUGUGUGUUUGUGUGUGUGUGUGUGUGUGCAGUCUACCUCUUCUCGCUCUCUGCCGGCCGGCCUGGCUGCGUGAGUGCAUGUCAUGUGUGUCGUGUCAGUUCAGUGACUUCCUGGAUGGUCGGAUGGGGGGAUGGAUGUGCUGUUUAUACAGACAGACAACAAUGACUUGACAACAUUGCUGACGGGGGAUGGAUGGAUGGACGGAUUGACUGACUCGGUUGGCUGGCGUGCCGACGGGCCGGCCGGCCAGCCGUUGGUGCGUGCGCCACACCACAUGAGUGUCACAUGACCCAAUCGCCCAUGUGACACGAAUGCUGCGUGAGGUGCACCAACGGAGGACGGUCGGCACACCAACCAGCCCGUGUGGCCCUAUUCGACAUUGACUGGUGGGGUGGACUGUCAUGUAAAUGACACUACUUCUUACGUGUGCGUGGUCGGUGAAGGUAAAGGUAGGACAUUCCGUCAUGUCAUGGGGCGUGCCGUCGCCACUGACUGAUGGGGGAGGAAUAUAUGGCGAGGAUUGCAAGAGCUCUUUUUGGUCAUUCAUUCAUUGGGUAGCUAUGCUGCGCGACUGACUGAUUACCAGGUGCGGUGCAUGUGUGUGUGCGUGUGUGCAGCUCUGUGUGUGUGCGUACUCGCUGUUUUUACUUCUGGCUUGUUCCACUAACUCCUCCAUGCCAUGCCAUGCCUUGCUAUGCCAUGCCAUGGUGACUGACCCGGUGCGGUGCAUCAUAUCGAUGCCCACCCACAUGCUCUCUCUGUGAUUGCAAUUUAUAGAAACAAACAAGACACACACAUGAAUGACGGCAAAAGUCACUGACCG